UGAAUGCAGCCAAAAGUGCUGGAAGUGGGAGGGGCUGGAUCUGCAAAAUAGGUGUGGUCAGGUUAAUAAUAAUCGGUUUAGGAAACCUCCGGAUACUACUCCAACCACGUGUAAUCUUUAGUGCUGCACAUGCUUGUUGCUUGCUGCAAUGUCGAGAAGGCCAGCUCAGUUAGUGCUAGAAGAUGGGACGGUCUACUCGGGCUGGGGGUUUGGAGCUCAAAGAGACACUCCAGGGGAAGUCGUGUUCCAGACUGGAAUGGUCGGAUACGUGGAAUCAUUGACUGACCCGUCUUACAGAGGACAGAUACUGGUAUUGACCUAUCCACUGAUUGGUAACUAUGGAGUACCUGGCAAGGAAAAGGACGAGCACGGAUUAUUAAAAACAUUCGAAUCUUACAUGAUACAUGCAAGUGCACUGAUAGUCGGUGACUACACUGAGCAGUACAGUCACUGGGAGGCAGAGCUUUCUUUGGGGGAGUGGCUCAAGCAAGAAAACAUUCCAGGGAUUUAUGGUGUUGAUACUCGCUCCUUGACACAGAAGAUAAGGGAGCAUGGUACCAUGAUGGGAUAUGUGGUGGGCAUUAGCGAGGGGAACGGGUUCGCUGAGGGGGAGAAAUUUGAAGAUCCCAACAAAAGAAAUUUAGUAAAAGAAGUUUCAAUUGAGUCUCCUGUUACAUAUAAUCCUGGUUCUAAUAGAUUACGCAUCCUUGCGGUCGAUGUUGGUAUCAAGUAUAAUCAAAUUAGGUGCUUGGUAUCUCGUGGGGCGAGCGUAACUGUCGUACCCUGGGAUUAUAACUUUAAUGAUGACGACUUUGAUGGUCUUUUUCUUAGCAAUGGUCCUGGGAACCCUAGGAUGUGUUCCGAGACUAUUAAAAAUCUCCAGACCCUACUAAGAAAACCAGCUCCCCCUGGGGGCCACAGAGUACCAGUGUUUGGUAUAUGUUUAGGGCAUCAGCUUCUCUCACUAGCAGCUGGAACAACCUCUUACAAAAUGAAGUAUGGUAACCGUGGUCACAAUCUUCCCUGCAUUCACCCACCCUCCGGUCGCUGCUUUAUCACGACACAGAAUCAUGGAUUCGCCGUCACCGAUAGCAACCUACCUCCUGAUUGGUCGAUACUUUUCACUAAUGCUAAUGAUAAUUCUAACGAAGGUCUCGUCCACAAGAGGGAUCCUUACUUCAGUGUUCAGUUUCAUCCGGAGCAUAUGGGAGGACCAAGGGAUCUGGAGGGUCUCUUUGACGUGUUUCUUGAUGCUUGUAAGGAGAGGAAGAACAGACAGGGUGGAGUCCCACUCCGUGAGAAACUGGACGAGUUUCUUGGGUCACUAGGAAACUCUCCAUUAGGCGGGUCAGUACCUAACGGAGUACCAGCACCAAUAAGAAUGACUAGGGACAAUCUGAAGAAAGUCCUGAUAUUGGGAUCUGGUGGUUUAUCAAUUGGUCAAGCUGGAGAAUUUGACUAUUCUGGAUCUCAAGCUAUAAAGGCACUGAGAGAGGAAGGGAUCAGAAGUGUGUUGAUUAAUCCGAACAUCGCUACCGUUCAGACAUCUAAAGGACUCGCUGAUAAAGUUUAUUUUUUACCAAUCACUCCAGAUUAUGUUACUCAGGUAAUUCGUAAUGAGAGGCCUGAUGGUAUACUGCUUUCAUUCGGUGGUCAAACAGCUCUCAAUUGUGGAGUUAAACUAGAAAAAGCCGGAGUAUUAUCUCAAUACAACAUUAAAGUAUUAGGUACUCCAGCUAAAGCAGUAGAGCUGACUGAAGACAGACAGUUAUUUGCGGAAGAGCUCAAGAAGAUUAAUGAACCAGUAGCGCCCAGCAGAGCUGCUUAUUCAGUGCAGGAGGCUGUUAAAGCUGGAGAGGUUUUGGGUUAUCCUGUACUAGUGAGAGCUGCUUAUGCUCUGGGUGGGUUGGGAUCUGGGUUUGCUUCUAACGUACAAGAACUGGAGACUUUGGUGUCCGCAGCCUUCGCACAUACUAGCCAGGUUCUCAUUGAUAAGAGUCUGAAGGGAUGGAAAGAAGUCGAGUAUGAAGUCGUUAGAGAUGCAUAUGAUAACUGCAUCACCGUAUGCAAUAUGGAGAAUCUAGAUCCCCUUGGUAUCCAUACAGGUGAGUCCAUUGUGGUUGCUCCAUCUCAGACGCUGACCAAUAACGAGUAUAACCUAUUGAGAUCCGUUGCCAUUAAAACCGUACGUCACCUUGGGGUCAUCGGAGAAUGCAACAUACAAUAUGCCCUGAGUCCCGACUCUAGACAGUAUUACAUCAUUGAGGUGAAUGCUCGUCUCUCCCGUAGCUCUGCCCUUGCUUCAAAGGCCACUGGGUAUCCCCUCGCUUACGUUGCUGCUAAACUAGCACUGGGACGCCCCCUGCCGGAACUAAGGAACUCAGUUACCACAGCAACUACGGCUUGUUUUGAACCAUCCCUGGAUUAUGUCGUUGUGAAAAUACCGCGUUGGGAUCUUUCCAAGUUUACCCACGUCAGCACUGAGAUUGGUAGCAGCAUGAAGAGCGUUGGAGAAGUUAUGGCAGUUGGAAGAAAAUUUGAGGAGGCACUGCAGAAAGCACUAAGAAUGGUCAAUGAGUCUUGCCUUGGAUUUGAUCCUAAAUUCUUACAACUUAGAAAAGAAGAUCUCAAUCAUCCGACUGACAAGCGUAUUUUUACAGUAGCAGCUGCACUGGACUCUGGUUAUUCCAUUGACGAGUUAUACCAGUUAACACGAAUUGACAAAUGGUUCCUUUACAAAAUGAAGAAUAUCAUUGACUGUAACAACAUGCUAGGAAAACACGAUCAACAGACGCUCAAUAAAGAAAUGCUAUUAUAUUCAAAGCAGCUGGGUUUUUCCGACCGUCAGAUUGCUCGUUCUAUAAAUUCAACAGAGCUAGCCAUCAGAGGACUCCGUAAAUCUCUCUCGGUCACUCCCUCCAUCAAACAAAUAGACACAGUUGCUGCUGAGUACCCCGCCCACACUAAUUACCUAUACUUGACUUAUAAUGGGGAAACGAAUGAUCUGGACUUUCCUGGUGGGGCUAUCAUGGUACUUGGGUCUGGAGUGUACAGGAUUGGUAGUUCAGUUGAGUUUGAUUCUUGUGCUGUGGGUUGCAUCAGAGAAUUAAGAAAACUGGGAAAGAAGACAAUAAUGGUUAAUUACAACCCAGAGACAGUCAGUACUGAUUACGAUGAGUGUGAGAGGUUGUAUUUUGAUGAGCUCUCUUUUGAGACAGUGAUGGACAUAUAUGAUCUUGAGCAGCCUGAAGGACUCAUUUUAUCAAUGGGAGGACAGCUACCUAAUAAUAUAGCAAUGCCUCUAUACCACCAGAAGGUUAGGAUAUUAGGCACGUCCCCAGAGAUGAUAGACAGUGCAGAGAACCGGUACAAGUUCUCACGUUUACUUGACACAAUCGGAGUACAACAACCUCGCUGGAAAGAACUAACACAGAUUGAAUCUGCUAAUGAGUUUUGUGAGUCAGUUGGUUAUCCUUGUCUUGUACGCCCAAGCUAUGUCCUCAGUGGUGCUGCUAUGAAUGUUGCUUAUUCCAAUCACGACCUCAAGUUGUACUUGAAUGAUGCAGUAGCUGUCUCUAAGGAUCACCCUGUAGUUAUUUCCAAGUAUAUUCAAGAUGCCAAGGAAAUUGAUGUUGAUUCUGUUGCCUGUGAUGGUGUCAUUGUUGCUAUGGCAAUUAGUGAACAUGUAGAGAAUGCCGGUGUGCAUUCGGGUGAUGCCACGUUAGUAUUACCAGCACAGGAUCUUAAUAAAGAGACAGUCCAUAAGAUCAGAUCUAUAACCGAGUCCAUAGCAAGAGCUUUAUCAGUAUCAGGUCCAUUCAAUAUCCAGUUGAUAGCUAAGGACAAUCAGUUGAAGGUUAUAGAGUGUAACCUCAGGGUCUCUCGCUCUUUCCCUUUUGUCUCCAAGACGCUUGACGUCGACUUUGUCUCUUUGGCAACACAGGUGAUCAUUGGUCAGAAAGUCAAACCUGUCUCGAUCAAUUUUAAGAACCUUGGGAGAGUUGGAGUCAAGGUGCCUCAGUUUUCGUUCUCUCGUUUGGCUGGUGCUGAUGUGAAGCUAGGAGUGGAGAUGGCCAGUACUGGUGAAGUGGCUUGUUUUGGUGAGGACAGAUAUGAAGCAUACAUCAAGGCAAUACUAAGCACUGGGUUUAUACUGCCAGAGAAGACAGUACUACUGUCUAUUGGGAGCUACAAGCACAAAUCUGAGCUAUUGGAGUCAGUGAAAUUACUAAAUGAAAUGAAUUAUACAUUGUAUGCUUCUUUGGGUACAGCUGACUUUUAUUCAGCGCAUGGAGUUGAGACUAAGGCAAUUGAUUGGCCGUUUGGUGAAAAUGGCUCGUCAGGUUUAAAGUCGAAUCGUCAGUUGAUGAGUAUUUCUGAUUAUCUCUCCCAGCGUAAAAUACACCUGGUCAUUAACCUACCAUUGAGACAACACAAGGCCUCAUCAUUCAUCACUCAUGGCUACAAGACUAGGAGAAUGGCCGUCGAACAUGCUGUGCCACUAAUCACUGACAUCAAGUGUGCUAAACUUUUUAUUAAAGCACUAUUCAAAAUGCAAAAGAAAGCUCCAGAGUUAAAGACGUAUUUUGAUUGCAUUUCAUCUCAUAGGACCGUGAGACUGCCAGGUCUUAUUGAUACUCAUGUCCAUGUUCGUGAGCCUGGUCAGACUCAUAAGGAGGACUUUGCCUCUUGCACAGCUGCAGCACUGGCAGGUGGAAUCACUCUCAUUGGUUGCAUGCCUAACACAGUUCCCGCCACUAUUGACAAUGAGAGUCUGGCACUGACGCAAAAAUGUGCUAGAGCAGGUGCCAGAUGUGAUUACGGCAUAUAUUUAGGAGCCAGUGCCGACAACUAUCCUUACUUACACAGACUCUCAAGUCAAUCUUUUGCACUUAAAAUGUAUUUAAAUAAAACUUUCACUUCACUAAGACUCGACUCAAUGGAGUCUUGGAUCAAACAUUUUGAGAACUGGUCUUCUGAUCGAGUUAUUUGUGUUCACGCCGAAGAAAGGACAACAGCUGCUGUACUACUCUUAGCUGAACUGUACAAGAAACGUGUUCACGUCUGCCAUGUAGCAAGAAAAGAGGAAAUUAUCAUCAUUCGAGCUGCUAAAGAGAAAGGUCUUCCUGUCACGUGUGAAGUGGCUCCUCAUCAUCUCUUCCUCACUCAUGAGGAUGCCGUGAGACUCGGAGGAGGGAAAGGAGAAGUCAGGCCUUGUCUGGUGACGGCUGAAGACCAGGAGGCUCUCUGGGAGAACAUGGACAUCAUUGAUAGCUUUGCAACUGACCACGCUCCACACACUUUAGAAGAGAAGGAGAGCUCUUCUCCCCCACCUGGUCUCCCUGGACUAGAGACAAUGCUUCCUCUAUUGCUAACGGCUGUCAGUCAAGGAAGACUCACCAUUGAUGAUGUCAUUCUCAGACUCUAUACCAAUCCUAUGAAGAUAUUUGGACUCCGCCCGCAACUUGAUACCCACAUUGAGGUUGAUCUAGACGAAGAAUGGAUAAUACCCAACUCUCUUCAAUACUCAAAAGCAAAAUGGACGCCAUUUGCUGGCAUGAAGGUCAAAGGUUGUGUCAAACGAGUCGUCUUACGUGGCGAAACAGUUUUUGUUGACGGCAAAGUCCUAGCCGAGCCUGGCUAUGGUCAAGACGUGAGACUCCAGCCUCCACUCUCUCCCCCUCUCUCGUCGGCAAGGGGCAUGGCUAAGACUCACUAUCACCAGUCGGGCGGAGUUGAGUCGGCCAGUGAUGGUCCUGAAGUGGGGUCCCUCCCUAACAGGACACGGCACGACUCUGAACCUACUGGGAUUAAAGUAUUGGAUGCUCCAUCUUCUCCUCACAAGCGGUUCAAUUCCCCCUUGCGUGGGCGACUUCGCUCUCCCAGCCCAUUAGAUUAUCGUCCUCAGACUCCGCCCUCUUUUGAUUUGCAUUCCGACACGUCGAGCUCCGCCUAUAACGACACCUCGGCAUUACCAUGGCAACCCAUGUUCUACAAGCGUAACAUAUUGUCAGUCAGUCAGUUUAAUAAAGAACAGCUUCAUUAUUUAUUUAACUUGAGUCAGGAGAUGAGGAAAAGGGUUAAGAAACAUGGCUGUCUUGACAUAUUGAAAGGUAGAGUCUUAGGUUCUAUGUUUUAUGAGGUUAGUACUCGGACCAUGUGCUCAUUCCAGGCAGCGAUACAGCGACUUGGAGGGACUGUUGUAUCACUUACUAAAGACAGCUCUUCUGUUAUGAAAGGAGAGUCACUGGAAGAUACUGUUCGUAUGAUGGAUUCUUAUUGCGAUGUAUUAGUGCUCCGUCAUCCUGAACCAUUUUCAGCAAAACGUGCAUCAGUUGUAUCCCAGAGGCCACUCAUCAAUGCUGGGGAUGGAAUUGGCGAACACCCAACUCAAGCCCUCCUGGACGUAUUCACCAUCAGAGAAGAAAUUGGAACCGUGAACAAUAUAACGGUUACUCUUGUUGGUGAUCUGAAGCAUGGUAGGACUGUUCAUUCUCUGGCUCGGUUGCUCACAAACUAUCGUAUUAAGCUUUGUUACGUGUGUCCUGAUGAGCUAAGCAUGCCGGUCGAAGUGGUUGAAGAAAUUAGAAAGAAAGGGAUACAACAAGACUUUUAUACUUCGCUGCAAGAGGCUCUCCCCUUGACUGAUGUAUUGUACAUGACCCGCAUACAGAAGGAAAGGUUUUCAAAUGACGAGGAGUACUCUAAAGUUCGAGGGUGCUACAAGUUGACGCCCCAGGUUCUCACUUGGGCUAAAGAGAAGAUGAUCAUAAUGCACCCACUGCCAAGACUAGAUGAGAUCAGUGUUGAAGUGGAUUCUGAUCCAAGAGCGGCUUAUUUCAGACAGGCGGAGUGUGGUCUGUAUGUUAGGAUGGCAUUACUAGCAGCUGUUCUUGGCUGGCAGCAAUCUUCACCUUCACAACAGCAGCAGUAGUAGUAAUGAUAGUGAUACUUGUUCCUGUUGUUAUCAUCUUUGCGGCUAAUGGACAAACUUUUCUCUUGCUCAUAAUUUUUUGGUAUAGGAUGAUUGUAUUAUAAUAAUUUUGACUGAUAAGGUUGAAUAAAAAUGAUUAUUUUAGGGUCAUAAAAUGAUAUUUAAUAGAUAUCACACCUA